AUAGCUUAUUUACUUAGGAAAGUGCAUAUGGUGAACUUUUAAUUAGGUAUUAGAGUAAUGCAUAAAAUAAUUUUUGACAUGUUUCCAGGUGAAAGUUACAAAGCAUGCCCAGUUGAUGUCACCACCCUAGCAACAAGCAAAAGGACAGUUUGGUACCUUUAUUUCUCAGAGUGUAUCAUCUAUGCAGCGUUGCAAAGCAUGCAAUCAGUGCUUCCGGUGCUCCGAUUUCACCGAUUUCUUUAUUCCUCCAGUUUCUGCCCAGGUCGAGUCUCCUUUAAAUAUCCACCGGAGUGCAUUAAUUAAACGCGAAAAGCUCGUGCUUUUCUCCCGAGUACUAUUUCUCACCGGAGAUCCGCGAUGGCAGCUCGGUGCACAGGCUCAUACCGGGAGGGAGCGCGAGGAGAACGCGAGCAUCUCUCCGCCACAGCAUCGCCUCCAUCGCGAGCACAUCCGACAUCCUGCAUGAUGGGCUUAUCGUAGACUUGCAUGCACGCGAGCUUGUGGAGUUGUGGGUUUUUUUUAGUUGUUGUUUGGUUGGUUGUGUUUUGUUUUUUUGUUUUUUUUGCAUAUGAAUGCAUGCAUUGUCGCGUUCAUCCUGCGGCAUCCUGUUUUCUGUUGGGUUUUUCUUUUGCGCCCCGCCGGGGAAUGAGAGCAAGGCAUCAUGGUGCGCAUCCUCAGCGCCCUCGGCUUGGUCAUGUUCAGCGUGGCUCUGCUCAUCCUCUCUCUCAUCAGCUACGUGUCCAUAAAGAAGGACGCCAUCUUCACGGGCCCCAAAUACCCGAGCGGCGGCGGGCCGCGGAUGUACAUGUUCCACACGGGCUUCAGAUCCCAACUGGCAAUGAAGUUUCUGGAUCCAGCAUUUACACCCCUGAACAAUGCUCUAAAUGAGAACCUACAGGAGAAUUCAUCAAAGUGGAAGUUUAAUAAGACGGGCUAUUUAGAGCAAAGUAAAGAGAUUGCCCAGUACAUCGACGUGCCACGUAACUUCACCCUGACCAAGAGCAGCGUUCGUGUCGGUCAGCUGAUGCACUACGACUACUCCAGUCAUAAAUACGUCUUCUCCAUCGGCGAAAACUUCCGUUCCCUCUUGCCUGACUCGUCGCCCAUCCUUAACAAGCGCUACAACACGUGCGCCGUGGUGGGAAACAGCGGCAUCCUGACAGGGAGCCGGUGCGGUGCUGCCAUCGACGCCUACGACUUCGUCUUCCGCUGCAACUUCGCACCCACCGAGGUCUUCCGCAAGGACGUGGGCCGCCGCACAAACCUCACAACCUUUAAUCCCAGCAUUCUGGAGAAGUACUACAACAACCUGCUCACCAUCCAAGACCGAAACAACUUCUUCCUGAGCUUGAAGAAGCUGGACGGAGCCAUCCUGUGGAUUCCAGCUUUUUUCUUCCACACCUCGGCCACAGUCACGCGCACGCUGGUGGACUUCUUUGUAGAGCACCGGGGGCAGCUGAGGGUGCAGCUGGCCUGGCCUGGGAACAUCAUGCAGUAUGUCAACAGGUACUGGAAGACGAAGCAGCUCUCCCCGAAGCGCCUGAGCACAGGGAUCCUGAUGUUCACUCUGGCCUCGUCCCUGUGCGAGCAGGUUCACCUUUACGGCUUCUGGCCUUUUGGCUGGGACCCAAACACAGGCAAGGAGCUGCCCUACCACUACUACGACAAGAAAGGCACCAAGUUCACCACCAAGUGGCAGGAGUCGCACCAGCUGCCCACCGAGUUCAAGCUCCUAUUCAAGAUGCACACGGAGGGCAUCCUCAAGCUGAGUCUCUCGCACUGCGCAUAGAGGUCAAAGCCUGGAGCUCGGAAGGUCACAGGCCGGGAUUUUAGUCUUGUUGAAGCUGGAGAUUUGGGCUGUGGGGCUUUUUUAAGGGGCAUAUCAAACUUUUAAUAAGUAUAUAUGCUAGUAUUGAUGACAUCAAGUGCCAAUCAGCAACCUUCAGGCCAAUUUUAUGAUGCACCUUUUACAAACAGUGUACAGAAAGAACAUCAGCCAUGCUCGCCGUUAGCAAACACAGACCUAAUCCUGGGGUUUUUGAGCUCGUUUAUUUGUAUCUGACAUAGACCAGCAAUUAAUUGAACCAAGACUUUUGUGUUCACGACAGUAAUGACUGUCCAAGGCUCAGAACUGAUACACCACUACGAGAGAGACAUUUUAAGACCCUGUUUGCUUUAAAGGCUAAUAUAAUUAAUACAAUGACACGCUAAUAUUAUAGCAUUCUGUAUAUCUAGGUGAAAAUUGAGUGAACACAUCCCUGAGGAAUGCUUCAAGAUCAAGUGCUAUUGAACAGUAAACGUGACGAUGCUCUACAUGAUUGAUUUGUGUGCUCACGGUUAUUUCAUCAGAUGCGUUUAGAAUGUAAAAACGAAUGUAAACAUGUCAUAGUCUUUUUAGUAGUGCACAGAGUGAUCUUAAUUCUUACAUCACAUAUAGCUGCGCAUCUAUAGGUUCAAUACAUGUACGUUAUCUUCAUAUAGACAAGAUCUCACUUAGAUAGAUUACAUGUGAUAAAUGAAUGUUUAGAGUUAUUACUGAAUUCAGUAGGCUUUGUAGUGUAAAUUCUGACAGGGAUAACCAGUUUUGACUGGACAGCAGUCCUGUCAAUCAGUCAAACAGGGCAUAUACUCUAAAUGAGCCAGUCGAUAAAGGUUCUAGGUUCAUUUAAAGGAGCAAUUUGUAACUUUAAGAGCUAUCUCCUGGCUGCAAGGUGAACACAGUUGCAGUGAAAACACUGACAAGCCUUUGCUAUUCCUCUGAUUGAGCCCCUCAGUAUCUCUUAUGAGUUGCCUUUUGAGGAAAUGGGGCGGAGCUAAUUUCAGGGCCAGAAAUUUUUAAGCAAAUGCCUGAAAUAAAGACACUAACAAGAUCCAUUGCAUGACAGUAUUGUAAAUUAUAGUUCUUUUUUCUAAGAAGACUUUAAAAUGAAAUGAUUAAUAGGCUGAGGAACACCUUUAAUUAUUACUAACUGCACCUUUAAAAUCCAGAAUUUCAGCAUUUUCUGAUCUACAGAUAGGCUUUGUUCUGUGAUCGCUGACUUACUGAAACAUUGCACAUUUAUGAAUGUUAUCAGAAUGUUGUUUCGAAUGUGUGUGUGUAUCUGUGUGAGAAUUAUAUAUGUCCAGAUAUUUGUAUGUGAAAAGACGAGUAUGUUGACAUGUUUUAUUGCCGGUGAAGCUUCCGAAUAAAAGUGGGAUCCUCGAGAUCCUCGGCAUUGGUCUAUAGAUCCAAAACCUGCACCUUACACGCAUUAAACUGCGGCAGUAAUACCAGGCAGAUGCACAAGGACCGCUCACCCUGCACCUAGAGGUCAGAGGUCAAAGUUAGAAGGUCACAGGCCAGGAUUUUAGGCUUUGCAGAUGGAGGUGUGGGCAGCUUUAGACUUUUUUUUACAGGGGCAUAAAACCAGCCUUCUGUCUUUGUCUCAGCUUUUCCUUUUAAAAUACACACCACUCUCAUAAGUGGCUCAAGGGUUUUAAUGGUUCUUCAACCCUUAAAGGUUCUAUGUAGAACCCUUACAACAGUUUCUCUAACCUGUUUCCCCUUAACUAUCCAAAGAACACUUGACCUAGAAGUCUUUUCCCCUAGAAGUUUAAUAAAUCCUCAAAAAAAUUUGCAGUGUACAUUUUUCAAAAGAGCUGCUGAUACUUUUGGGAAACACGCUGAUCAGACACAGCUCGGGAAAGUUAGCGUAUUGGUUGCACAAUGCUAAUUUUAGUGUUUUCCAGUACUUAGUCAUAUUGUAUUUCGUCCGCUUAUUAAGCGCCCUGCUCUGCGAUUUAUCGGCGCGUUCACAUGAAACCGCACAGCACAGAUAAAGCGAUGCUUAACAUAGCAACAGAUAUAUUUACAACACCAAAAUUACAAGCCAAACUUACUGUAAGAUCUGGAAGGCCAGUGGAAAUCCCUGCUCAUGUACAGAAACGCUUUAGUUCUUCAGUGGAAAAUGAAAGUGAUUUCUGGGAAGGUUUCCAGUAGUCCACAUAUUACUGUAGAUAAAUGGACAUCAUGUGAAAGUUGAUUUAAUAUUAUUAUUUAUACAGAGAUAUACUGAGGAUUUUCUUUGGCUUUGUAGUGGUCUUCUAUGGAGUCUCAUUUGUUCCACUCAAUGAUAAAUCAAUUGAGAAAUCAAUAAUAAAUUUAUUGACUCAAUCAAUAAAAAAGUUGCAACGAAAGGUGCAUAACUAGAUCAAAUGCUACGUAAAUGAAUCAGCAACUUGAUAAAUCAACAUCAACAUUUAAUAAAGAAUAUUAUACCACAGUGCGUAUGAAUUUUCAAUUAUCGUUGGUUAGAGUGUGUUGAUUAAUUUUCUGUAACAGCAGCUCUGACAGUAGAGCUGCUGCAAAUCACAGGUUUAUAUUAAUGCACUCGUUCAAAUACUGUAUCGUUUCUAUAGUAACAGCUCAUUCGCAGGUACUUGUACAUCAGAAGCUCCGCAUAAAUGGAUUGAAAAUGUGCAUAAAUUAUUUAUAUGGAAGUAGAUGUUUAUUUAAUGUUUACAUUAAUAAAAUUAUAAUAAAAUUAUUUAUUUUUGUGUGAUAUAUGAUAGGUAAUCUAAAAAGACAUUUUUAUUUGUCUUUUGUUUUUGUUUACUUUUUUAAUUAUCAAUUCAUCUAGCCUUGCUGACG